AUGAGAUUGAUAAGUGCAUUUUUCAAUCCAAUCGAUGAUUGUGAUGAAGUUUUCAAUUUUUAUGAACCUUUACACAAAUUAAUGUAUGGAAAUGGUUUUCAAACAUGGGAAUAUUCACCUUUAUUUGCACUUCGUUCUUAUGCUUAUAUUCUUCUUCAUUGGUUACCGAUUUCUUUGAUUCCUAUUAGUUUUAAAUUAAUUGCAUUCUAUGCUCUUCGUAUUUGUCUUGCUAUUAUUUGUGCAACAUGUGAAGCUUUCUUUUUUCGCGCAAUUGAUAAACAAUUGAAUAGAUCGAUAGCUCAUAAAUAUGCAUUAUUAUCAAUAUUAAAUGUGGCUUUAUUUCGAAGUAGUAGUGCUUUUAUAAAUAAUUCAUUUUCAAUGUAUACUCUUUUACUUGCUUAUUCAUGUUGGUUUUCUAAUGCAUUAUCAUUAUCAGUUUUCUUUAUUGCUUUUGGAUCAUUAUGUGGAUGGAUUUAUGUUGCUGUACUUGGUAUUCCAAUCGCUCUUGAUAUAUUAUUUCGUCGUCAACGUUAUAUUGAUUUUAUAAAAUGGAGUAUCAUAUCUGGCUUAAUAACAUUAAUUCCAUUAACUUUAAUUGAUUCAUAUUAUUAUGGAAAAUUAGUAAUAACACCAUUAAAUCAUAUUCAUUAUAAUUUAUUUUCAAAACAUGGUCCAACUCUUUAUGGUACUGAACCAUGGACAUAUUAUAUUAUAAAUGGUUUACUCAAUUUUAAUAUUAUUUAUCCAUUAGCAAUUAUCGGAAUUUUUUUAACACCAUUUAUUGAUGUGUUCAUUGAUCGACGUUAUAUACAAUCAGGUAAAGUAGCAAUUCCAUUUACAAUGAUUGUAUCACCAAUUGUUAUGUGGAUGAGUCUUUUAUGGAUGCAACCACAUAAAGAAGAUCGUUUUGUUUUUCCAAUUUAUCCAUUAAUUAUUCUAAGUGGUUCAAUUGGUAUUUAUCAAAUAGAAAAUUUAAUUCCACGUCUUGUUCGUUUAAUAAAAUUAAAACGUAAUUCAGUUUUAUUUGUUCGUCGUUUAUUUGUUUAUUCAAUAAUAAUUAUUCAUGGUUUAUUAUCUAUAUCACGAACAUUUGCUAUUGUUAAUGGUUAUUCAGCACCAAUUCGUCUUUUAACGCAUUCUAAUACAACAAAUAUAUUUGAAAAAUCAUCCGAUAAACAUUUAAAUAUUUGUAUUGGAAAAGAUUGGUAUCGAUUUCCAUCACAUUUUUUAUUACCAGAAAAAUCUCAAUUAUUAUUUCUUCGUUCAGAAUUUAAGGGUCAAUUACCCAAAGCAUAUAGUCAUUUGAAAAAUGCAACUCGAUUAAUAGAUAAUCAUUUUAAUGAUGAAAAUAAAGAAGAACUUGAUCGAUAUGUUAAUUUAAAUCAAUGUGAUUAUAUCAUCGAUCACGACAGUGAAUAUCCCAGUGAAAUUCAACCAAAUUAUAGUCAACAAUUUGAAAUAAUAACAUCUAUAAAAAUGAUUUUACCAUCAAGACGAUCAAUAUUUCGUUCAUUUUAUGUUCCUUUUUUGAGUGUUCGAUCGAAUCAAUAUACUUUCUUACAUUUGUUAAAAUGUUCUAAAUUUGUUGAUGUUUCGAAUGAAUAA